GCUAUUUCAGCAAGCGGUUGACUAACUAGAAAACAAAUGGAAAAGGUUUAGCUGGUUUUUCCCAAUUGAGGAUAUAUGCAGUUAGGAAUGGUAUCUCCUUCAAAACAAUGAUAGACACUUUGGGGAGGAAGUCUCAACUACUACUACUACAACUACAAAAGAAGAGACUCAAAGAAGAGAAGGGUGAUGACCAACACAUUCAAGGCACCAUCUUUCUAUUUGAGUAGCUUCCAAGAGUUAUUCUUUAUUCUCUCUUCUCUCUUCUCUGCUGUCUUCACAGAAUCAACCAACCCACCAUGGUGGAAAGUCCUCCUAAAUUCAAAUUCACAUUCAUCUUCUUCAUCAUCUUCUCCCUCUCUCUUGGCUUAGUUUCCUUCUCCUUGUGCGUAGUCUCUGAGAUUAAGAGACACAAGAAGGAGGAUCUCAGAUGGAAUGGGAAACUGUGUCAUUUACCGUCAAGUCCAGCAUUUGGAUUGGGUAUUGCAUCAUUGGUUUGUUUGGCUUUGGUGCAGAGCAUUGGGAAUUCUAUAUUGUUCAAGAAUUGCUGUUCGGCAGGGAAAAGAAACGCACGGUUUAAGAUACCUAUCGUUGCAAGGAUUCUGCUUUUGAUCUCCUGGCUAGGGUUUGGAAUUGCAGUUGUUUUAUUAAUUGCUGCCACAAGCAUGAGCAAAAGGCAAGCAUAUGGGGAAGGGUGGUUGAAUGGUGAAUGCUACCUUGUUAAAAAAGGGACAUAUGCUGGUUUAGCCAUAUUGAUUUUAGUUACAGUAGGAUCAUUAAUUGGUUCAGGUUUGUUAACAAUGAAGACGAAUAAGGCAGAUCAGGGUCACAAAAUACACGCACAAACGGGUGAAACUAGGGAGUAAAGAAUUUGUACAUGGAAAGCAUAAUAUAGUAAAAUGCAGAGUCAGAGUUUUGGUACAAAGGAAGGAAUUGAGGAUCAUCAACUACUGUAGAAAGAAGGCUUAAAUGUUGCAUAGAGAAAGAUCGAAGGUGGUGGAGGCAACAAAAAAUGUUUGAAUUGGGUAUUACAUUUUUUUUUCGACUUACAUGAUACGAAAGAGACAUUUGUUUUGUAUACAUUCUCCCCGAGGUAGAAACUGCCUCAUACAGGAACUCAUUUUGGAUCCUACCCCCAUAGUUAAUAAUUGUUUUGUACAGAUAGUUUCAUAUGCUUCGUUGUUGCCAUCGUUUUAUUUAAUUUUAAAGCAUUUCUACGA